GUCAGCUGCUUCAACAAGUCAAAUUUUGCUUUUGUCAUUUAAUAAAAUUCUUGUUUUUUUAGCAAAUUUUUCUACAAUAAUUUUGGCGGAUUCCUAAAAGCCACAACAGUGGAAAAUUUAUUUAUAUAAGCUUUGAAAGUGGUCACAAAUACUACAGAACGGUUCUGCGCAUUUAAUAAUUUAGAUAAAGCAUCUGCAGGACAAUAUCGGAUGAAAUUGGAUAGUAGUACAAGAUGGAAGAUUGCUGCAGUAACGAAAUGCGUGGUCAAACGUUUCAUAAUCUGUUGAGAUCGGUGCUGGAUUCGAAAAUCAUCAACAUACAAGUAUUCACCGUAGCAGUAGGAAUCCUCUUUAUUGUGAUUUUACUUAAGAAUCGUUUCCGAAGUUUUUGUGGCACCUAAUGGUAACAAAGAAAAAAAGAAGGUGGGGUUUGGUGUGAUGCUGGAAAUGUAGUAUUCAAAUAAAUUAAUAUUUCUUAGAUACCUAUGUCAACUAUA